CCCAGGAGUGUUAUCUUUCCAAGCCAGACACUAUUACAGCUUCACCACACAGCAGCUUCCAACUCAAGACACUUCCACACCACCUACCAAACUCACCCAAGGACUCUCAUCAUGAGCCAAAAUGCCUUCCAAUCUCGAAACACUUCAUGACGCGCUCACAGCGCGCUCUAUCGCCUGUACCCUCAGCGACGAAGACUCUUUCAUACUGUCCUUCACCGCCACACCCCUCUCCUACACCCUACGCAUUGCAGGCCACAGACCCAGCACCAUAGUCCUUGUGCUCAACCUCUCCACAUGCGUCACACUCCUCUACGCUCGCUCGCACGGUGCAACCCAGGCGGCGUCAGAUAGAACGGACAUGCUGGUGGAGGCAGGCUACGUCGGGGUGCAAGAGGAAGACGACUUCAUGCCGCAGAUAAUUCGGUUGUAUGAUUUGUCAAAAGUGCAGGACAGAACAGCGUUGGUGAAGCGCAUACUGCUGAUGCGGGAUUUGGAGAGGAAGUUCAAAGCGCCGUUCGAGGAGGGGAAGUGGAUGGGAAAGCAGAAGAGUUUUUAUAGCGGUUACGCCGCCUGA